AUGAAGUUCUUCGCUGGUCUCGUCACCCUCGCCUUCGCUCUCGCUGUCUCGGCGUCCGCGACUCCCUUCAAGCGUGAUGCUGCGACUGUCGAACGCGACAUCGCUGCCAUUAGCGCUCAAGUUGGGACCCUCAACGCCGCGAUCACGCGCUUCGGCAACAGCAAGUCUGCCACGGAUGCUGAUGCCAUCCACCGUGACUCUCAGGAGCUCGAAGGGCGCAUCAACAAGGCCACCGCUGACACCCGCAACAGCAAGGACUUCAACGAGGACGAGGGUCGCACCAUCCUCCGCGAGUUCCAGGCCCUCGCGCCCGAGAUCGUCGCGACCCUUCAGAACCUCGACAACCAGCACCACAACCUCGCGGCGGAGCGCGGCCGUGAUGCUGUUGUCGAGUCGGACCUCAAGACCCUCAACGGUGACACCGUCGCCUUCGAGAACGCUCUCUUGGACAAGGAACCGGCCGACGACCGCGCUGCAGUGCGCGCUGCAGACGACAGGAUCAACGCUGCCUUCGCCGAGGCGAUCCGCACUUUUGCGUCGUAA